CCUGCCAAUACAAACGCUCACUAAAACAGAAACUCACAGCUUUAGUGCAAAAUUUAUUUACCACAAUUUCCUCAUUCUUUUUUUGGGGCUGCUGAAGCUGAUUCGUUUCCUGUUAGGAACACCCUAUUAAGCAGCUGUAAUUUGAAGAUAAAACUCAGCUUUCCAGCCAAAACACCGUCUGGGGAGCUAAGAGCACCGUAUAUAGCCAAAAUAUUCUGCUUUCAAAGUUGGAAGAUCAGAGAGACUCGAGAACCAUGAAAAUCACGCUGUCCCUUCCUGUGCUGGUAGUACUGGCUCUCUCAGUUUGCUGCUACUCUUAUGAGUCAAGUACUUUACCUGAUACAAGAGACAAACAGUUUAUUGAGGAGUGUGUGACGGCUCAUAACCAUUUUCGGUCCCGGGUGAAUCCAGCAGCCAGCAACAUGCUUCACAUGAGCUGGGACCCAGAUUUGGCAAAGACAGCCAGAGCAUGGGCAAAGAAAUGUCAGUUUAAACAUAAUAUCUAUCUCAAGAUACGUGGGAAGGCCCACCCUACCUUUACUUCUGUUGGAGAAAACAUCUGGACUGGCUCUCUUCGCAUGUUUUCUGUGACUGCAGCCCUCACUAAUUGGUACGAUGAGUUCAAACACUAUGCCUAUGACACUAACACUUGCACCAAGGUGUGUGGCCAUUACACUCAGAUUGUUUGGGCAACAAGUUACAAAGUUGGCUGCGCUGUUCACUUUUGCCCUACUGUAACAGGGUUUGGGGGAUCUAAUGCAGCACAUUUUAUUUGCAACUAUGGGCCAACUGGGAAUUAUCCAACACAGCCUUAUAACGCAGGAGCAGCAUGCAGCAAAUGCAACGGUGAGAAGUGUGUGGCUAAGCUAUGUGAAAAUCCAGAGCGUGAGAAAGUCAUAAGUAACUCUGGGUGGUAUCCAGACUGGGAUAAAGCCAUGUGUGACCAAUACUGUAUCACUAUUCUAGUUUUAAGGCCAUCAUUAAUUGUAUUGACUUUUGGAGCUGUCUGGUUUCUACAGAAGCAUUAUCCCCAAUUAUCUAUAAGUGACUAAUAUGCAUUUGAAAGAUUGCAGGAAUACUUCAGGCUAUUCUACUCCUAUUCCACAUGCAGAUUUCCCCUAUUCCACGUGCAGAUUUAUUAGUGCAGGGAAAUCUAACACAAUGAUCUGUAGAAUGAGGCCUAGUCUAUUAAUGAUGAGUGCAUUUAUCUAUUUUCAAAUCACGUGCAAAAAAAGCCACCCACAACCCUUAAUCCAAGGUAAUUAUCUGAAUAUAGGUGAAGGCUCACUGUAAUUUGCUUGGUUAAGGGCCAGAGUUAAGGGCAUGCAUUCACCCUUCUCUUUUAUGUGCUCUGAUAUUUGAGGACCUAACUGCAUAAGCUUGAUGACAUAUUAACAUGUAGCUAAUUGCUGCUGUCCUUACCCAAAGGAGUAGUCCAAUAGAAGUCAAUUGGACUACUCAUGUGAGUAAAUGAAGCAAGAUUUGGCCUGUAACCUUUUGCAUUUGACACGGUAGGUGUUUAGUUUUUAUUUAAAUGUUUGAGGGGAUGAUGAGAAGAGUCACAAAUUCCUUAGCUAGCAGGCACCCUCAGUCCAGCCACAGGCCCUCUGGUGCCCAUCCUCAUCCUCCUGCUUCUCAGUCAUAUGUGCAUUUCCUGACAGGCACCAGUUAGCAACAGGCGACUAGUGUUUGUUAGUACUGCGCGCUGAGCACCGGAUAUACCUGCGCAUUUAUUGAAAUGCACAUUCCCUCCCAGAGCAUGCGAAGUGUAAACAUUUGUAACUGUAAAGCUACUGAUUAGAUUUUCUUCACUUAGAUCUUUUGAUUAGAUUGUGAGCUCUUUGAGACAGGGACUGGGUGGAAAGCACCUAGCAUGGUGUGGGUACUACCCUAUUAUACCAGAAUAUAAAGAACAAUAGGCUCGUGCAUUUUAGAGUUUAAUGAAGUCUAAAAGCAAGUCAAAUAGAAGAAAAUACUUCAAACGUUCAUUAAAAGUUACCGAUUUCACUUUA